UAGGUGGACUUUCUCCUUGGCCACUAGGAAGCUGGCGGGGCUGGAGGAAGGAACCUGCGGGCAGGGCGGGAAACAGGCCGGAAGGAGGCGAGAAGCCAAGAGCCAGGGCGGGGAGUCAUCCUGGUGAAAACCGUUCUGCCUCUCUGCUGUCUGGAGCUGGUUCCUACGGUGCCAUUGAGGAGACCAAGGGCAGUCUGGCUCACUGGGAGUACCCCAAGACAGACUGAGGUGCUGUGUCUUGGGGAGCACAGCUCCCGUGGCCUCGCUCUAGGCACCCCCUCCGACGCCAUGCGGCUGCCCCGGCCGCGCCCCGAGGUGAGCCUCCUCCUGGCCAUGGUGGUCUUUGCGCUGCUGCUCCUGUCUCGCGUGUCGCCGCCUGCCUGCCCCGCCCCCGAGAGGUCCUCAGAGCCCCAGGAAGUCCCCACGUGGCCCCCAGACCCCCCGCGCGCGGACCCCGCCCCGUGCCAGGCCAACUUGUCGGUGGCCUCGCACCCCGACUUCGCGGCGCUGCCCACGCACGUGCGUGACUUCCUGCUGUACCGGCACUGCCGAGACUUCCCGCUGCUGCGGGAGCCGCGGGCCACCAAGUGCGCACAGCCGGUGUUCCUGCUGCUCGCCAUCAAGUCGUCGCCGGCCAACUACGGGCGCCGCCAGGUGCUGCGCAACACGUGGGCGCGCGAGCGGCAGGUGCGUGGGGCGCCGCUGCGUCGCCUCUUCCUCGUGGGCAGCGACCGCGACCCGCUCCAGGCGCGCAAGCUCAACCGGCUGCUGGAGCUGGAGGCGCGGGCGCACGGCGACAUCCUCCAGUGGGACUUCCACGACUCCUUCUUUAACCUCACGCUGAAGCAGGUCCUCUUCCUGGAGUGGCAGCGGACUCGCUGCCCCAACGCCAGCUUCGUGCUCAACGGGGACGACGACGUCUUCGCGCACACGGACAACAUGGUCACCUACCUGCAGGACCGCGACCCGGACCGCCACCUCUUCGUGGGUCACCUGAUCCAGAACGUGGGCCCCAUCCGGGUGCCCUGGAGCAAGUACUUCGUGCCCACGCUGGUGUCGGCGGACGAGCACUACCCGCCCUACUGCGGCGGCGGCGGCUUCCUGCUGUCACGCUUCACGGCGGCUGCGCUGAGUCACGCUGCGCGCGUCCUCCCGGUCUUCCCCAUCGACGACGUGUUCCUGGGCAUGUGCCUGCGGCAGCAGGGCCUGGCGCCCGCCUCGCACAACGGGGUGCGCACGGCGGGGGUGCAAGCCCCCAGCCCCCGCCUUUCCUCCUUCGACCCCUGUUUCUACCAGAGCCUGCUCCUGGUGCACCGCUUCCUGCCCUACGAGACCCUGCUAAUGUGGGACGCGCUGAGCCAGCCCCAGGUCGCCUGUGGCAAGAAGGGCAGGGUCUACUGAGACUGGGGGCUCAGCAGCCACCCUGCUCCUGUCCCUACCCUCGUGCGGUGUCUGGGUGAGGGUCCCAGCGAACUCCUAUGUAGGCUUCAAAACCCUUUGGUACUACUCACAGCAGGCCCUCUGGAUGGAGCCAAAUGUGAGCGGCCUUUGAGUGGCCGCUGAGAAGGGGCGGGGGCCUGGUGUCAGGUUCCCGCUUUGCGCUGGGCCUCAGCCUCCCUCGGAUCCCCAAGUGCGGUAGGCGGAUCUUGACUUGGCCCCAGUGGUGUCUCCCAAGGACUUAGGGAACAGCAUAAGGGUAGGAGGGGUUCGGUGUCCCACAGAUGGGGGUGGCAGGAGAUAAAACCUGUUGACGGCUGAAGGUGACAGUUCCCAGUGUCUGGCAUUCGGCCCCUUUUCCUUUUAUCGGUUCAGAAUUAUUGUUUCAUUGUGUAUGCCACGCCGUGGGCGCGAGGAGGGUUCCCCCUUCCUCGGUGUAGCUCCUGGGGCUCGAACUCUGAUCCUCGGGUUUGGCGGCAAGCGCCUCUUCACCGAGCCCUCUUGCCAGUCCCCUUUUUAUUGUAUUUUUCACCAUCAUUCAUGUUCUAAGAUUGUUUGCCCUCCUCCGCCCUCUUUUACCUUUAAUAUUUUAUUGACUUGCAA